UAAGCUGCAAGAACACCAGCCCAACCAGUCUAUAGCGAUCGGUAGAGCUGCAGGGGUAUUCACGCAGUCUGCACCUGUCAACAAUCGCCUUAUAUCCUAUUUUAUUUAAGAAUAAUAGCAGAAAUGAUAACUUCUCUGAGUAUACUUCACAGACCGCGCUUUUCUGGAAGGAAUUGGAUCAUCUGAUUCAUUGUUCAAGAAGCUUGUUCUGAUUUUUUUUUUGCACUGCAAAAAAUGUUCCAUAUUUGAUCCUGCAAUUUGCAGCAGGGGUAGAGCUAUACCGUGUUGUAUACUACAAGUUGCGUACUUCUGUCAGAAAAUAAAAAUAAAGAAAGGAACUGUUUGGAUGUAGCGGUUUUUAAGUCGUUUUUUUUUCAUUAUUAUUAUUAUUAUACAGCAUCAACAACAAGAUAAUUUUUUGUAAGUAUCGGGCCUUGCGGAAGAUUUUGGCAUCGACGUUUUAGAAAAUACAAGUUGGGCAAAUGCAUUCUACAUGUCCAGAAGACGAAAACGAAUCCCGGCUCUGCAGUCCAGAUUCUGGAGAGUCGCUGUAGGAACCCUCGAAUGCACUAAAUACUAUGGAUAUUUGUGUUCGUAUUAACACCCUGCUUUGAGUUCUGUACAUAACUAUCGUUAAAGAGCAUUCGCAUGCACAAUAUGAAGACAUCUCUUACGCGGUAGGAAGGAUGCUUCAAACCUGGGUGUAAAUCUUUUUUUUUUUUUUUUUUUUCUCUAGUAAAUUUAUGUCACCUGGCUGUUUUUUCUGUCUAGAUUUCCCCCAAAAAGAAUUACUCCCGAUUUUUGUUUAAAUUGAAAAGCUUUUCUGAUUAACAAUUACACUAUGCCAUGUUCAUAAGCUAAGUAACAUCAACAAACUUACACAUGUAUCAUUUUAAGCAUUCGCUUGUGCUUAUUAUUUGAUAAUCCUGUACUAGCACAAGAUACGUUACUUUUUAGUGUAUGUGUAUGUAUUAUUUUAAACCUAUAUACAUAUAUUAAUUUAUCAUAUUAUCAAAAUGAAGAUGAUACUGUUUCGCAAAUUUAGAGUGUUAAUUCUGAUGGUGUUUCUCAUCGCAUGUACCAUGCACAUUAUGAUCGAUUUACUACCAAAGCUCGAGAAGCGGGCGGCGGGUCCUGGUACUGCGGGGAACAGCGGAUGCUCGUGCUCACACAGACCGAGUGAAGAGCCUCAGAGCUGGGGCAAGCGGCGUGCCAGGACCGGGGCAGAAUCUGGCUGGCCUGACAAGCACACCCUGAGGAUUCUUCAGGAUUUUAGCAACGAGCCGAGUUCUAACCUGUCCUCCCAUUCACUAGAAAAAAAUACGGGACCAGCGGACAAAACCGAGGCUUUUAAAAGACUUGAACAAUAUCCCCAGCAUGAGAAUAUUGAGAAGCAGUUUAUCCAGGACACGAAUACCAAUGAUAAUCAACCUGCUAAGGGUUACUCGAAACUGAACGCUCUGUUUGAGCAUUCCCUUUACAAAAUUCAGGUCCCCGGAGUCAUUGACGAGGACACCUUAUUUAAUGUCAAUACUGAUAUCAGAUUUAACCCUAAAGCGGCUGAGAAUCAAGAAUGGCAAAAUGAAGGAAAUAACGAAGAGGAGUAUGUUCCAACUGGAGAACCUUCCGCAGAUUCCUAUCCAAACUGGUUAAAAUUCCACAUUGGGAUUAAUCGAUAUGAACUGUACUCCAGGCACAAUCCAGUGAUCGAUUCUUUGUUAAAGGAUCUAGUCUCCCAAAAAAUCAGCAGUGUUGCUAUGAAAUCGGGAGGCACUCAGCUUAAACUCAUCAUGACAUUCCAAAACUACGGACAAGCGCUUUUCAAACCGAUGAAGCAAACAAGGGAACAGGAAACACCCCCAGACUUCUUCUACUUCUCUGAUUUCGAGAGGCACAACGCAGAGAUCGCAGCUUUUCAUCUGGAUAGGAUCCUGGAUUUCCGGCGUGUGCCUCCAGUUGCGGGCAGGCUGGUCAACAUGACCAAAGAAAUCAGAGACGUAACUCGGGACAAAAAGCUAUGGAGAACGUUCUUCAUCUCCCCAGCCAAUAACAUCUGUUUCUACGGCGAGUGCUCGUAUUACUGCUCCACAGAGCACGCUCUGUGCGGGAAGCCUGAUCAGAUCGAGGGCUCACUGGCUGCUUUCCUCCCAGACCUGGCCUUGGCCAAGCGGAAAACCUGGAGGAACCCCUGGAGGCGUUCCUACCACAAGCGCAAGAAAGCAGAAUGGGAGGUAGAUCCAGACUACUGUGAGGAAGUCAAACAGACACCACCCUAUGACAGUGGCUCACGGCUCCUGAAUGUCAUGGAUAUGACCAUCUUUGAUUUCCUGAUGGGAAAUAUGGAUCGACAUCACUACGAAACCUUUGAGAAGUUUGGCAAUGAAACUUUUAUCAUCCACUUCGAUAACGGCAGAGGGUUUGGAAAACACUCCCAUGACGAGAUUUCUAUACUGGUGCCUUUAAGCCAAUGCUGCAGAGUAAAGAGAUCUACCCAUCUGCGACUGCAGCUCCUAGCUAAGGAGGAGUACAAGCUGAGCGAGCUGGUGGAAGAGUCUUUACUGCGAGACAAGCUGAUGCCCAUCCUUAUAAAACCCCAUUUGGAGGCCAUGGACCGCAGGCUGCGAGUUGUGCUCAAAGUGCUCAGUGACUGCAUUGAGAGGGACGGUUAUAACAAUGUGGUGGAAAAUGACCUUGACAGUGCCACUGCUAACACAAUCACAAGCACGAGGUAGUAACGUCCAAUAGGAGUGUGUUUUUUUCUAGAGUACUAUUGUGAUUAAUAUAAAAGGAAAGUCUUGCAAAAGACUAUUGAUGCCACUUUUUGAAUUCAGUGAAUUCAUAGGCUCUGUGUUAUCCCCUAGCCAUGUAAAAUAUAUAGGAAACAAACAAAACAAAAAAAAAACAGAAAUUAUGUUUUAAAAUAAAAGUUGUAUUGCUUAUUUUAAUAGUGCAUAGGAAAAAAUACUGCUUAGGUUUUGUUCCGAGUACUGUUUUUAAAUGUUGUUUCUUUCUACCAAUUCCUUUUUUCUAUCUAAUACAUUCC